AUGCAGCGCCGAGAGAUCUCAGCGGUAGAUAACUUGAGAUUAUAUGAGCAAGCAUUACGGAAAUUUAGAAGUGUGUACGAGAAGAGAAAUAAUUUCACAGAUUCGCUCGCAAGUUGGAAUCUAGUAGGCCCAGCGAGCCUCAAACUCUCAAUGAAAGAUAAACUUUCAGCAGUGAAAAAUACCGAGUUUCCAGUAGGUAUGAAUGGAAUUCCAGUAGAUAUUGAAGAUGAUGUAAAUGGUUUUUUUAAGUCGUUGAUUAGGAGGGGGUGGAAAGAUCACUGCUUUAAUCAGUUUGUUAGCGAUCUUAUUCCAAUAAAUCGUACAUUGCCGGAUUAUAGGGACGAGUGGUGCAAACAAAGGAAUUACUCAAAUAAUUUACCUGAAGCCUCUAUAGUGAUUUGUUUCCACAACGAGGCGUGGUCGACUCUCCUAAGAACCGUCGACUCGGUUAUAAAAAGGUCACCGAGCCAUCUAGUGAAAGAAAUCAUUCUCUUUGACGAUUUCUCAACUAUGGAUCAUCUAAAGGAAGACCUAGAGAAUCACGUAAGAACAUUACCAAAAGUGACACUGAUCCGUGCAAACCGCAGGAAAGGUUUAAUAAGAGCGAGAAUUUUGGGGGCAAAGUACGCCACAGCGCCUGUAGUGUUAUUUCUAGACAGCCACUGUGAAUGCACAAUAGGUUGGCUAGAACCGCUGUUAGAUCGAAUUAAAAGGUCCUCCGCGACCGUAGUGUCUCCCGUUGUAGACCACAUUGAUGUCACAACUUUCGAAUUUAUACCUCAAACUUCGGAGCAUCUCCAAUUAGGUGGGUUCGAAUGGGAUCUGAAGUUCAUGUGGCGUCCUAUACCCAAGUACAUAUCACGCAAACGUAAAUAUCCAUCUGCGCCGAUAAAGACCCCGACCAUAUCGGGCGGCCUAUUCGCAAUUAAUAAGAGUUUCUUUAAGAAACUCGGCUUCUACGACGAAGGAUAUAGGAUAUGGGGAGCGGAGAAUUUAGAGAUAUCGUUCAAGACUUGGAUGUGCGGAGGCGUCCUGGAGAUUAUACCGUGUUCGCACGUCGGUCACGUUUUCAGGAAGACGUUCCCGUAUAAGUCUCCGAAAAGAUGGCACAGAAUUAAUUCUAUGAGGCUAGCUGAGGUAUGGCUGGAUGAUUAUGCAAAAUAUUAUUAUCAAAGGAUCGGCGGUAUCAAAGACAAUUUCGGCGAUGUAACAAAGCGAAGGGAGCUUCGGGAAAAAUUGAAAUGUAAAUCUUUCGAAUGGUACAUGCAAAAUAUAUAUCCGGAGAUGAAAUUGCCCGACAUGAACGUAGCUUAUGGGCAGAUUUAUAAUAUGGGAGAGUUCGCUGCCUGCCUCGACGCGUCUUCGACGUUUGUUAAUGUACAGAGCGCUGUUAGUGUAAAAGCGUGCCAUCUUCAAGGGGGUAACCAAACAAAGGCUAUUCAACAUGAGGUGACGAAGAAGUGUUUAAGUGUCAAAAUUAAUUUUGGAGGUUCACGUUUGGAGUUAGAUUUAUACGAAUGUGCGAAUUUGACGACUCAAGAAUGGGUGAUGGAGAAUUUUGAUGGCAGCAGAUUAUUGCCUCAUUUGCGACUUAAUUAG